AUGGAGAGAGGUGGGAAGACAGACAAGAGCAUGAAGGGUGGGUUGAGAUCGACCUCUUCAUGCGCAGCCUGCAAGUUCCUAAAGAGGAAAUGCAGUCCCACUUGUAUCUUUGCUCCUUACUUCAGCUCCUACGAAUCACACAAGUUUGCGAUAGUCCACAAGGUGUUUAGAGCAAGCAACGUUAGCAAGAUCCUCGCAAACGUGCCGGAGCAGCAACGCUUAGACGCGGUGAAUUCGUUGGCGUACGAGGCAGAGCUGAGGCUCAGAGACCCUGUCUAUGGUUGCAUUGGUGUCAUUGCAAUCUUGCAAAACCAAAUGGUUCAACUCCAACACGACCUCGCAAUUGCCAGAGCUCGUCUUGCCUUUUACACCCACCACCUUCCCCCUGAGUAG